AUGCAUCAUAAAAUGUCAGCGAAUUCAGAUCAAAAUUUAAUGAACGAUAAUGAUGAACUUUUACCAUUUUAUACAAGAAUCUCAGAAUUUAAAGUAAAAAUAAAUGAUACUUCAUUAUCUGUAUAUACAUUUUGUAUACGAAUGUUUUUAUUAAUUAGUACUGGAGCUAUUAUUUAUGGUAUGACUGAAUCAGGUAUGGCAAAUUUAUUACCAAGAAAAGCCGGUGAAACAGAUAAUAUUAAUCAAUGGAUUGAAAUAUUUUUAUGUAUAACAACUUAUGUAACAACAAUAAUAAUAUCAUGGUAUUAUUCAAGAAAACAUAUUGAAAAUAUUAAUGAAAAUUUUACAUGUGCAAUAUUUAUGAUAUAUUUAACUGGAAUAUUAAAUGUUAUAACAAAACGAUUUGAUUUCAUUAAUAAUAUAUUAAAGAAUUGCGUUUCAGAUGAUAAUUAUGGUAAAAAUCGUAUUAAUGAUAUUUUAUUUGGUUUUAAAAUUCAUACAAAAUUAUGUAAUAUAAUGCGUGAUACAAAUGAAUUAAGUGGUGUUAUACUAUUAGCAUUCAUGGGUUAUUCAUUUUAUAAAAUAACAACAGAUUCAUAUAAUAGUUUUGUACAAGUAACACAACAGACACCAUCAUUAUUGGUUUUACAAAAUUGUGCUGUUUGGUUAGUUUUAAAUAUAUUUUUAUUAAUUAUAAUUACGGAAUGCUGUGGUAAUGUUACAUCUGAGGCAAAUGUUACUUCACAAAUUUUAUCACGAUCAUAUGGAAAAGAUAAAAAUUAUAAAAAUAUUAUCGAUAAAUUUUUAACAAAAAGUAUUAAUCAAGAAUUGGAGUUUACGGCAUAUGGAUUUUUUGCUAUUGAUAGUUCAACAUUAUUCACGAUAUUAUCAGCUGUAACAACCUAUUUAGUAAUAUUAAUUCAAUUCAAACAAUUAGAAAAUACCGGUGACACAACAGAGGCACCAACAACGAAACCAUAA